AUGGGCCUUAGAAAACCCAGGACCAGCUCUGCAAGGGAGUAUGUACUUCCACAUAGAAAUGACCCAGAAGCCUUGAAGGAGCCUCCUAAAAUGUAUGACUUCAUUGAAUUAUCAGAUUGGCAAAGUUUUGUAAUCUCUAGAUUGAGUGAAAUUGGCAGGAAAUCCAUGAACUCCAAAAGGAGAGGCGCAAUAAAUGUAGAUAAGAAGAUAGUGGCAAAGGAUGAGGAAGAGAAAUUGUUGAAGGAGAAAGAAGAAGGCCUUAUAACCAUAUCAGGUUAUAAUGAUGUCUUAGCUAUGGCUUUGGGGACCCCUGAACAUGGUGGAAGGGGGAGGGGUGUGGCUAUAGACAAAAAGAUGAUGGAAGAACAACAGAAAAAGCACGAAGCUGCGCAAGAACUUCUUCAAAAGCAAAUAGAGAUGCUGAAGGUGGCGAUUUCCGGUCAAACUUGUAAUGUAUCUAACUCACCCCGUAUUCCAAAUAUUUCUCACAUGUCUGAGAAAGCAUCAACAAACAUACCAUUAAAAUUUAUGGAAGUUGCUGCUGGAAAAGAAGUUUGUGAGGAUGGUUGUGAUGAUGUGGUGGAGCAAAUUGAAGUUGAGGCGAACAAGAUUGCAAAUUGGCUUUCGGCUCAAAGGACAAUAUUGUUGCAAGUGGCACAAUUGUUGACAUCAAUGUGCCUCAACAGCUUGCUUCAUAAUGUUCCUUUAGGAGAGGAAAAUGUAAGAGUCUCUGUUAAUUAUGCCUUAAAUGGAGCUUCUCCACUACCGAUACCAGUAAAAGGAGUGUUGAAUACUGUUGAGGAUGCUGUUGGGUCUCAAGUAGCUUGGCCAGAGGAUCUUAUAGUUUUUCUAGACGAUAUAGUGGAGAAGAAAAAGAAAACUACAAAGGAAAAAUUAGCAAAGUCAUUGUUUCAGUCUAUCCUAGAAACAAUACCAAAGUCUUGCAAGAUUUUAUACGGAUUUGCACAAAAACUGAUGUCCCAAGGUCAGACUCUCGCUUCAUAUAUUGAUGAGGAUGUAUUUGGGGUAGAAAAGAUGAUAUAUGUCCUAAAAGAAGAUGUUAUCAGCUUUAUUCAAAUGAAUGGAAUAGGACACGCUUUUAUUGACUCUAUGAUAAUGGUUAACAGCUAUUUAUAUAAGUUGGUAAAAGACCAAGAAUGGGAACCAAUGAUUGCAUUUAUGGACCCAAGUCGUACCUUUCAUGAUCCGAACUCAUCGGAUGAGGCAAGGAGGGUUCAAUACAUUGUGAAAGCUUUGAACCAAGCUAGUAUUGACAGCAUCUUUUUGAUCUCAUACAAUCCUGGGGAUCAUUGGAUCCUUACAAUCAUUGACGAAGAAAAAGACAAUGUGUAUAUCAUUGGAUCCUUACAAUCAUUGGCGAGUACUCAUUAUGUUGUUGGUGACAACAAAGGUUGGACUAUUAACUUUGAUUAUCAAGCUUGGGCUCGGGUAAAGCUGUUCUAUGUUGGUGACAGUCUUGUUUUUAAUUAUCCAGGAGGAGUCCACAAUGUGGUCAAAGUGAGUAGGAUUGGCUUCCAUCAAUGUGCACCUCCAUUAGGCAGUGAGCCAUUAACAAGUCGAAAGGAUGUGAUCAAGCUUGCAACCGCAGGGAGAAAAUGGUACAUUUGUGGUGUUGCGAUGCAUUGUGCAGUUGGUGGCCAGAAGCUUGCUAUAACUGUGCUUCCAUCAUCAUUUGCUUCUAGCCCAAGCCCCACUCCCAUACACAUACUAGAAGUUUUGGAGCAAAAUAAGGGCAUGGAUGAAGAUAAAUAUUAUUGGGAUUAUUGGGAUGGACCAGGGCUGAAUAUCGGAUUACUGUCGUAA